GAAAUCCCGUCAGUUGCCUCCACAGUCCGGAGUGCUUUGAAGAUCUCGUUGUUCGUUUCACAGUAGAGGAGUGGGCAUUGCUGGAUCCUGACCAGAGAGCUCUGCAUAAGGACGUCAUGGAGGAGAAUCAUGGGAUUGUGGCCUCUCUUGAUUGUGAUGAAUUGGAAAUUGAGAACAAAGAUGACCACGAAAAAAUCCCCAGAGAGAAGCCACGUAAAAAUUUGGAGUGUGGAGAAAGCUGCAGUGAGCGCUCCCAUUCCACUUCCCAUAAACAAAAUCUCAUUGGAAAGAAACUCUAUCAGUGUGUGGAAUGUGGAAAGAGCUUCAGUCGGUGCGACUAUCUCACUUCCCAUCAAAAAAUUCAUACAGGGGAGAAACCAUAUCAGUGUGUGGAAUGUGGAAAGAGCUUCAGUCACAGCCACCAUCUCACUACCCAUCAAAGAAUUCAUACAGGAGAGAAACCGUAUCAGUGUGUGGAAUGUGGAAAGAGCUUCACUGACAGCUCCAAUCUCACUUCCCAUCAAAGAAUUCAUAGAGGGGAGAAACCCUAUCAGUGCUUUGAAUGUGGAAAGAGCUUCACUGAAAGCUCCCAUCUCACUAAGCAUCAAAGAAUUCAUACAGGGGAGAAACCCUAUCAGUGUGUGGAAUGUGGAAAGAGCUUCACUGAGAGCUCCUCUCUCACUUCCCAUCAGAGAAUUCAUACAGGGGUGAAACCCUGUCAGUGCUUUGAAUGUGGAAAAAGCUUCAGAACAACCUCCGAUCUCAGUUCCCAUCAAAGAAUUCAUACAGGGGAGAAACCCUAUCAGUGCUCUGAAUGUGGAAAGAGCUUCAGUCAGAGCUCCCAUCUCACUUCCCAUCAAAGAAUUCACACAGGGGAGAAACCGUAUAAGUGUAUGGAAUGUGGAAAGAGCUUUGCUGAUAGCUCCAAACUCACUUCCCAUAAAAGAAACCAUACAAAGGCCAGAGAAACCAUUAUGCAGCUUUAGGAGCCUGGCAAAUCUGCACCUUUUUAACCAGACCUUUGGCUGAUUGACAUCUAAUGCCCUUUUAAAAUGUCGUGUUGUAUGUUUUUAUGUUGUGUUUUUAUUUGUAACCAUCCUGAGACCUGUUGGUGGAGGGAAUAGGCACAAACUCUUAAAGGCCAAGGGGUCUUUGCCCUUCCCAUGAAAUAUUUGAGGAGGCCAAACGCCCCCCCCCUUUUGUGGUUUUUUUCAAACGCAGCCUUUUAUUCUUCUGGAACUUGCCAUACAAUUUCUAUUUCAAUUUGCCCUCUUAAAAUAUUAAAAAAUAAACGCACACAGGUCUUAUGAGGAAAACAAAAUUCAAGAAAAUAUGAACCUGGACUGGUCCAAUCUCUGCGGGCCAAACACAAAGGUUGCUUUGAAGCAGGGUUUCCCAAACUUGGGUCCCCAGCAGCUCCCGGACUACAGUUCCCAUCAUCCCUUCCCUUUGGGUCUGCUAGCUAGGGAUGAUGCGAGUUGUAGUCCAAAAACAGCUGGAGACCCAAGUUUGCUUUAAUGGAAAGUAGGCUGGCCCUGUGACACCCUCUGCUGGCCAAAAGCACUGCCCCAGAAUCUGAACUACCCCCAGGACUGCUAAUUGGAAUUUAUAGGUAUCUGAAGAAGUGUGCAUGCACAUGAAAGCUCAUACCAAAAUAAAAAACUAAGGUGCUGCUGGAAGGAAUUUUUUUAUUUUGUUUCGACUACGUCAGACCAACAUGGCUAUCAACUUGUAAGCAAAACUGAAGUUUGAUCCUCACUUCAUCCUCUUUGGAGCUUCUAGGUGCUUUCUGCACCACCUAGAGUACCCACAGAAUUGUGGCUUCUACUGGCAACACACAUAGGAGAACAAAUGGAAGACAAACACAAUGGGCAGGAAACAACCUGGAAAGGGCCAUACCAAAUGGAUAUCUGGUGUGAAGAGGUAACUUUCCCCACUGCUGAACAAUGCCGCAGGUAGAGCAGAUGAUAUGCUAAAAGUGUUCUCAGGGGCAAGGGGAGCUGCUGGGAAUUUAACUAUGGGCUCAAAAUAUUACUUUUUUAAAAAGUCGCUGCCAUUAUAGGCAUUGCCAUUCAAAUGGUGUGCAUGCAUCAUGUGAUUGAUUGUCCAAGGCGGGCCUUACCUGCCCCCCCCCCAAUAUUUUAUUCAAGUCCUUACCACUGGGUCGGGUGGUUUACAAAUUAAAUAAAUACGUAAAUCACCUUUCUUUGCACAUGUUCCAGCUUGUCAAUAUCCUUAUUUAUUACGGUAUCAUUUUUAAAAUUUAUGUGCCCUUCAUCUGAAUAUAAACAUACAGGUUGAAAGCAUGGCUUUCUCAAAAACAAGUAAAAGAAAUCUCUCCUCUCCUUUUUUUGGAUGGAGUUACAAACUUUGUUGAUCUGGGGACUGCUGUGGAAGUAGUGCAUCUCGGUUUCAGUAAGGCUUUUGACAAAGUCCUCUGUGAUAUUUAUGUGAGGAACCUUGUCAAAUAUGGGCUGAACGAGGUAACAGGUGGAUUUGACUGACCGAACCUAAAGAGGACUCCUUCAUGGUUUCUCCUCAUCCUGGGGGAAAGUGACAAGAGGGGUGCUGCAGGGUUCUGUCCUGGGCCCGUUGUUGUUCAACGUCUUUGGAUGAAGGAACUGAGGGGAUGCUCAUCAUAUUUGCACACCAAGCGGAUCAUAAUGGCAUCCUCUCUCUUCUUCAGCAACAGACAGGGAGACACAGAACAGUGCAAAAUCACAGCAGAGCGGAAGAGAUAAGACUUGACUUCCGUUCUUACACUUUCCAAGCCUAGGAAAGUAAACAGGUUCAUGUUCAAACUGAACUUGGUUAAACACCCUGAAGCCUUUUUGUUAGGUAUCUCAAACCAAGAGCUGCCAAAAGAAAAAUGGAUAUUAUUUAUGGAUGCUACAACAGCGGCCGGAAUCUUGAUUGCACAAUAUUGGAAGAAAUAGCACAAAAAACUGAUGAACUAUGCAGAGGAGGAGAAAAAGGACUUCAAAAGAGUCUGUGAACCAUUUAGUCUAUUUGCAGAAAGAACAAAAUGGACUGGAUUCACUGGCAGGGUUUGAAUUAACAUUCACAACUUUAUUUCAUAACAGAUAUUUUAGAGAAAUGAUAAGGGAAUUUACUUUCCUAUAAGAAAAGCAGGAUACAACAAAUAAAGUUAAUAACUCAGCAGAGGGGGAGUUGAGGGAAGUCCAGAGGAGGGGAGGGAGAACAAUGGUAUAUAACAUGAUGAUUGAAAUCUGUAUUUUUAUUUCUUAUAAAAUUCAAUAAAUAUUCACUUAAAAAGGAAAGGAAAAAGGGACAUGUGAAAAACUAGCCACAUAUCACAGGAGAAGUGAAUUUCUAACACAGCACACAUGAUUGCAGGUGUUAUGGAAAUGGCAUGGGGGGCACAUAUUUAAAGUUGUUACAAUGUGUUCAAUUCUGGGCACCACAGAAGGAUAAGGAAUGUGUCUGCAAGCAUUGGAGAGUGAAUUUUAAGUUAUGGUGGGGUGGGGUGGUGGGCUUUGCUCUUUGGUAGAAAAAGAUGGAAGGAUUGGUUUUCAGAGUUUGGAAUAGAGAGUGUUAAGAAGUGGGAGGUGAAAGCGGUGAUGUUUUGAAGCAGAGCUGGUGAUAUCAAGCAUUUGAGUGAUUAUCUGGGGUUUUUCAUCAUUUUGUCUCUUAUUCAAAUCAAACGACAAAUAUGCUAAAGUCAGCCAAAGUUUAAAGCACAUACAAAUUCAUGAUUAGGUGGAAUCUGCCUUGACCCUUUUUUCCUGUAAAUAAAGGGUAGAAAAUUUGGUCCGUUAAUGGUAAGGCUGAAAUGACUGAGAAUAUUAAUAAUCUUAUGAACCGUGACUGUCUGGCCAUUUUCAUUCAUACAUAGGAGGACGGUUGAUUGUUCCGCUAAUGACCAGAGGGGGCACACAACAUAAAAAUAACCCACAUUUGUGAAUAGAGAUCUGUACCCCAAUCUCCUGUAGAUAAAGGAGGCAUGCAGCUCCCAAUGGUCUUUUCCUGGGGUGCAGAUAUUUCUGAUCUGGCCACAGUGAUCCAUGCGACGGUCACCUCCAGGCUUGAUUAUUGUAACUCGCUCUACGCGGGGCUGCCCUUGACGCUGACCCAGAAACUCCAGCGGGUGCAGAAUGCUGCGGCGAGGCUCCUUACGGGGUCCCGGCCAUGGGAUCACAUUCAUCCAGUGCUUUACCAGCUGCACUGGCUCCCGGUGGAGUACAGGAUCAGGUUUAAGGUGCUGGUUUUGACCUUUAAAGCCCUAUGCGGCUUGGGACCCUCGUACCUACGGGACCGCCUCUCCUGGUAUGCCCCGCGGAGGACCUUAAGGUACACAAACAACAAUAUUCUGGAGAUCCCGAGCCAUAAGGUGGCUAGAUUGGCCUCUACUAGGGCCAGGGCCUUUUCAGUAUUGGCCCUAACUUGGAGGAACGCUCUUUCACAGGAGACCAGGGCCCUGCGGGAUUUGUCAAAUUUCCGCAGAGCCUGCAAGACAGAGCUGUUCCGUCUGGCCUUUGGGUCGGAGUUAAUCUGACCCUUGUGUUUUCCUCCCUCAUGGCUGGAUUUAUGGACUACUUAAAAUGAGGCUGCAUUUUAAAUUUUGAUAGUGUAUUUUAAUCUGUAUUUUAAUUAAUUGCUUUUUAUAUUCUAUUGUAUUUUAUUGGUGUUAGCCGUCCUGA